UUACAACUCCUAUACACAACCCUAAAUUUCUUUUAUUAGAGCAUUUGUUUUAAGCGUAAAUUAAGGAAAUCUUGUAUUAUGUGGAUGCAACUAGGCUGUCGUGCAUUUGUAAAGUGCGCCAAAAAAACAUUACUAAGGCGAGAGGAUGAUGUCGGAGAACCAACACUUCGUAUUUCCGAUGAUGAAACUGACGAAAGUAGCAAUAAACAUUUUGCUUGUGAUAAAAUUCGAUUACCAUCGCGUAAGGAUGGAAACGGUAAUAAAUUUGAUGGCAUUUAUUUAACGAACCCUUCAAUGAACGAGCUAAUCCGAACUAUUCAUACUGCUUUGUCAGUGGAUCAAUAUAGAGGCAUAAUAGUAGCAGGGCAAAAUACUCGGAAGAACUAUGCAAUUUCCCAUGUGCAGGCACCUCCGAAGUCCCGAAUGCUAAAUGCCUGUUUAAAGGGCCAUCAAAAUGGGAAAGAUCUAGUUUUAAAAAACCGAACCCUGUCUUUCGAUAACCUGCGCCAAUUCAAGCAGUUGGAUACAUCGAAAACACAGUUGUGGAGAGUACGUUCGGAGGGUAACUUAAUAGAGCAACGGAAUUUGGUUUUCGAGCCGAGAUUUAAUCAAUCAAAAUACGCUGUAUUCUGUGAUAAUACAUCCAUUUUGAAUUCUGAUUCGAUCAGUUCCUUGACUUCCAUUAGCCGGGUCCGUUCAUGUGGAUGCACAGCCGAAACGGAUUUCGAAGAUCAUCUGGAUUACUCCAGUGUGGCUCUAAAGAGCGUUACACCCAUGAUGCCCCAAGAUCUUUUAACUGAGAUCCCUGAAUUGCAACUACCUCAAAAUCCAAAUAUAUGUUAUUGGAUUAAUUUGGCUCACUUGGUAUUAGUAAUCGCCUGCCUCCGCGGACUCUUAUAAAAAAUAA